AUGCAAAUAAAAAACAAGAAGGGAGAAGCAGCAGCUCGCACAAACCUAGGGGCGGUGUUAUAUUCACUUAGUGAAUAUCAGAAGGCUGAAGAACAUUAUGAGAAAGCACUUGCCAUCAGCAUGGAAACUAGAAACAAGAAGAGAGAAGCCAUCGCUCGCACAAACCUAGGAGAGGUGUUUGAUUUCCUUGGUGAAUGUCAGAAGGCUAAAGAAUAUCACGAGAAAGCACUUGCCAUCAGCAUGGAAAUUACAGACAGGAGGGGAGAAGCAUGCGCUCGCCUGAAACUAGGAAACUUGUUAUUUUCUCUUGGUGAAUUUCAGAAGGCUAAAGAGUAUUUGGAGAAAGCACUUUCCAUCUUCAUGGAAAUUAGUGGAAGAGGGAGAGCAAUGCUAUGUUUCCUUGGACUCGGAAAGUGCUUUCUUUCGCUUGGAAAAUAUCGGGACGCUCACGAACAUGGGGAGAAAGCACUCUCUAUUGCGAUGGAAACCGGUGACAGAGCAAGUGAAGCGGAAGCGUAUGGUAUCCUUGGAGAGGUUCGUUAUUCCUUACUUGAUUAUCAAAGGGCCAAAAUAUACAACGAGAAGCAGAUUUUUAUCAGCACUGAGAUUGGUCACAGACGUCAAGAGGCAAAGGCAUACCUGGCAAAAGCAAGGAUACUUCAACAUGGCGAACAAAACAAAGCUGUAGAAUGCAUUGAGAAGGCGCUCUUAAUAUUUAGUACUAUUGGCGACAUUAGAGGCGAUUUUGCAGCCCUAGGUCAACUCUCUUACAUUAAAGCAUUGCAAUCAAAGUUCCAGGAGGCGGAGUCUCAUCUUCAUGAAUAUGCUUAG